AUGAAGGGAUUUGCCAAGAUAGCUUACGAAAGUUCGAUCAGUUAUCAUCGGAUCUUGGUGAUACUUUUAUUGUUAGGAUGCGUUAAAGCGGAAAUCGAAAGACGUAGUUCGAGACAAAUGGUUGAGGAAUCUCCCGAAACUUUGUCGUCGAGCUUGAACAAGGAUUGUGGAAAAUCAUACAGUACCACGUGUCUAAAAUUGGACGUGGUAUCAUUUUUGGAUAGAUUAUCGGAAUAUGAAGAAUUAGGAUUACUUCCUGGUUUGUCGGUGGUCAAGGAAAAUGUAUCGGCUGAUUUACCGGCAACCGAAAUCGUAGCCACCCUUGCAAGAGAUUUUCCUAACGACGUUGAAAAGAGAUUGGACGCAUAUCUCGUACACAAAGUUGGUAGUUAUUUGAAUUCUCAUUCGAUAUCGAUCAAAUUGUUCGAUCCUAAGACGUUCGAGGCUGCAAGAAGUUUCAACGAGGACGCAUUGGCCCAAUUGGGUUUGAACGGAAAUCAAAAUGCCGAAACAGGACGUAAAAAGGGGAAAGGAGGAAACGGUGGUUUGAUGGCAGGUCUGAUGAUGAUGAAAGGUACUCUCGGGGCUGUUGGUUUUGGCGCGUUGGCACUUCUCGCCGGUAAAGCUCUGAUGACUGGUUUGAUGGCACUCAUGUUAUCUGCGAUCGUUGGAUUGAAAUCACUCGCAAGCGGUGGCGAAAAGAAGACCACUUAUGAGAUUGUUAGCAAGCCGGUUUACUCGAGCUCACAUACUCAUAGUUCCGAGGAACAUCACGGACACGGUUACGGACAUUCGGGAUACGGAAGAUCUCUCGAUUUGGUACAAGAUACUAUUCAGGAAGCUGUACGAAAAUACGGGAAUGCGCGUGAUCGUCGAGCUAUCAGACCAAAUUAA